ACUGUCGCUAGCUUCACACUGCUCGCUGGGCCACACUCCACGGAAGUGUGUACGGGAAAUUGGGGUGUGAUAGCGUCGUUCCGAAGUUAAUUUAAAUGUAUAUGUAUAUAUAUAUAUAUUCCUUUGAAGUUUCAAAUAUAUUCGGAUAAUGGCGACUUUCGUGACAUUGAAUACCGGAGCGAAAAUGCCGAUUGUCGGUCUCGGGACUUGGAUGUCCUCCCCAGGCCAAGUGACUAAGGCAGUGAAGGUGGCCAUUUCAGCAGGGUACCGUCACAUUGAUGGGGCCUAUGUCUACGAGAACGAGACUGAGGUCGGGGAGGGGAUUAAUGCCAUGAUCAAGGAGGGUGUGGUGAAGAGAGAGGACCUGUUCGUGGUCAGCAAGCUGUGGUCCACCUUCCAUGAAAAGUCCAUGGUGAAGACUGCCUGUCAGAAAACUCUGACUGACCUUAAGCUGGACUACCUGGACCUCUACCUGGUCCACUGGCCUAUGGGUUUUAAGGCUGGGACAGAGAACUUUCCUCUAGACAGCCAGGAGCUAACCGUGUCAGAUGGCACCAACUUUCUGGAUACUUGGGAGGGUAUGGAGGAGCUGGUCGAUGCAGGGAUGGUCAAGGCCAUCGGAAUCUCCAACUUCAACCGUGACCAGAUUGAGGCCUUAUUGAACAAACCAGGCCUGAAGUAUAAACCUGCCAACAAUCAGAUUGAGUGCCACCCUUUCCUGGCCCAGGAGAAGCUGAUCAGCUACUGUUGCUCCAAAGGCAUCACUGUGACAGCAUACGGCCCCCUGGGCUCCCCGGACAGAUCAUGGGCCAAACGAGAGGACCCCUCGCUGAUGAAUGAUCCAGUCAUCAAGGCUAUAGCCGAGAAGCACAACAAGAGCAUGGCACAGGUUCUGAUCCGGUUCCAGGUCCAGAGGAACGUGGUCGUCAUUCCAAAGUCCGUCACACCUCACCGCAUCCAGGAGAACUUCCAGGUUUUUGAUUUUGAAUUCAGUGAGGAGGAAAUGAAGAGCAUCCUAGGCCUCAACAUGAACUUCAGAUACUAUCCCAUGCUGUGGAGUGUGAAUCACAAGGACUAUCCCUUCAAUACGGAAUUCUGAGGCGAAUGAGAGCAUCGAGAGAUUGGCUACCAUUGGUUGGUCUAUCUGGACAUCUGCUCUCCCUUUGCUGUUUCUUAGUAUUUGUCUCACUCUGAAAUGUUGUCAUAUCUUUAAUGGGAGUACACCAGAUUUCAUUUAAAAAAAUUUUAAUUUUGUAAAAUGAGUCAUUUUACUUCAUUUCAAUGGACAUACUUUUUGUGAAUGAGAUGUUAUAUAUUUUAUAAAAAUGCAUGAUAAAAUUUACUGCCAUUCCUUACAAACAAACAUUCAGUAGUUCAUAGAAACCCGUUUUGAAGUAAGAAGACCCAAAUAUCCCAAAAGCACACCAAUAACUUUACCUUUUUGGGUAGACACAUGGAAACAUUUAUUUUUGUAUUUGUAGGUUAAACUUCUAGGCACAAUGGUGUAAUAUUAUUUGUGACCAGUUAUACUAAAACACUGCCACAUUCCUACUUCAAAUCAGACCUCAAAUUAGCAUCAGUAUGUGUUGUGUCUGUUCGAUAUGGUACUUAUCAUACGCACAGAUCAGAUUAUCAUACUAUGGUUCUGAUAUCUACACCUUUGGCAUUAGCAUAGAUUUCAGUAUAUAGAAUUUAUCAACUGGCAGUGUAUCUGCAGUGGGCUACCCUAAAGAGCUGACUAAAAAGUUAAGUGAAUUGAAUAGGGAAAACUAACGUAACAUUAGGCCUAUUUUGGAUGCCGAUGCCAUAGUGAACAAGUGAAAAUUUGAAAGCAUCUGCCAAAUAAAAUUUUAUGUAAUGAGUGUUAUAAAGUAACUAAUGGCAACAAUCUGUAUUAUGCAGCUUUGUCAACAUUGACGCGUUGUACCUAACAUCUAUUUCAGUCAUUAAUCAAAAAGCUCCUUAUCACUACUGCUGUGAAGCAAGGCAUUUAUUUGUACUGGGUUGAAAAGGUUUCACAAAAAGAAACCACACCCUGAUCAUGAAUUUGCAAAUUGAUGCUUUUGCAGCAUUGACAAAUCACAGACGUGCAAGAAAAAAUAGUUGUGAGACAAAGUUGUGAGUUUAUGGAAGCUUCGAGGAAUGUUUUUAAAGGUCUAUAUUGAUACAUGGCUGAAAUGUAAAUCCUAAACGGUAUUGGUGGAAACAAAGUUGCACUAAACGAUUAAAAGUUUGAAACUGUUUCAAGUGAUCCUUACAGUAUACUAGACUGCUACGUUGUGUGACUCAAGUGUCCAUGUGUAGGAUAAUUUUGAGACUCCCCAUGAUUGUGAUGACAUCACAUGUUAAAGUUUUUUUGUUAAAGGGUAUUCCUGUCAAUGUUGAUCAGACUGUUUCCUCCAAACUCUCGAUGCUGCAUGAUAAAAAUAUAUCACAUGUAUAACUAUAUACUAAUAUAAUCAAUAUGUAAUCCAAUAACUCUAUAUCAGUAGUUGCAGCAAAGCUUAUGGUAACGCAAGAAACCACAGUAUCCACUGUAGAAAAAAGGCAAACACAGAAUGCUUAAAAAAAACCAUACUUACUCAGCAGACAAUUAGUGCCAAAUAGACAUGCUAGAAAACUAAUACUUUACAGUGACCCCUGUGUAACCUGAAUACAGUAGAAAAGUACAGGAGGCUAUAACUCUGUGAACAUGUAGGCGUAAUGAAAAACUACAGAAAGCGAUGACGUGUAUGCAUAGUGGAAAAGUACAGAGUAAGGGAAAAUUGGGGUAACUGUCCACUACGAUAAGAUUACCAUAGAACCGAAAACCAUUGAUACGAUAAGAUCACCAUAGAACCGAAAAUCAUUGUGGUGCCAAGAAAGUCAGGUUGACCCACGAGCAGGAAACUGAAAAUCCU